GUCAAAUACAAAGUUUGUUUACAUGAGUGAGUGAGGUUGUUGUUGUUGCUUCUAGUGCUGCACGACCUCUGUGGGUUUGAUGCUCUUCCAUGAUGUUACCUUGUAUGAUGGAAUAAGAGACAAAUACAAUUUAGAUACGUAAUAGUAUACAGCCAUUCCUGUUAGCCAACCAAGUCUUGUUACAAGCAACAUGGACAUUGACAAGAUAAAAAUACCCUCUGGGAUGUUGUCCAAUGAUACAGUCUUCCACAUGGAUUAUGAUGAUAUGAUGGAAAAGAUAAGAAAUUUAAUGCAGCAAAAGGAGGAACUUCAGAAUGAAAUUGAUGAAACCGCUCUGGAGGCUGAUGCAUGGCAGCAAAUUCUGGCCUGCUCAACCAUUACAGAGCUUGAAGAACUUCGAGCAUCCCUUCCCUCCAUUGCUACCAUGACAGUACCGCAGCAUAACCUUCUACAAGAUUACCACAAAAUUUCAACAGAAUUGCAGGCUCUUGCUUUUCUGGAGACCACAUCGGCAUACAUGACUGAAGAGGGAAACCUGUUGCUGAAAUUUGUGCGACCAUCUUUUAACACGGUUUUUUCAACGCUUUUGAUAACACUCUCAACAAGUGAUGAGAACACGUACAGCGUAUGUUACCACAACAUGCCAAAAAUUGUGCCAGUUGCUAAAUAUGAGAAAGAAUAUCUGAAGAAUGUACAUAUUGCAGCUGAUAAGACUGAGAGACUGAAGAAGUUCAUCACUGUCCUGUCUCAGUACACAAGAGCACUCUAUGAGAGACAAGAACAAAUUGUUUCAGUGGAGAAACUGGAAAACACCUUGAAUAUGCAUGUGCACUACAACAGUGGAUGUACGUUUCUGACCACCUUAGUGGAUGUACAAGAGGUUGAAGCCCAGGAUCCAACAACAUUUGAGUUAACCCUUGAUUACCAUCCACUGGACAUCCUACCUUAUAAAGUACAAGCCAAGCAUCUUUCUGGGAAGGCGCCAUCUUCAAGUCUGAUUGAGAUUAUGCAUGAUCUGGAACUUGACAUGAAGACUUCACCUUUCCCACAAGUUUUAUUUUCAACUUUUGUUGGUCAGCAACCCUCCCAAGGCAGUACUCAAGAAUCCAGUGAAAGUGGUUCUUCAGAUGACACUAUUGUCUUUGAUCAGGCACCUUUUUGAUCGCUUGCUGUAUAAUUCUUUAUUGUCGAUUGAUAGAGCCGUUGUUUUCUUUUUAAUCCAAGAAA